GAAAAUUUCAGGGUUCUGCUUAUGUAGGAGAGACCAAAAAGAGAGAUACACAAGAAACUUCUUUUACACGACUACUUGCAAGGAAGGUACUACUGCGGCCGUCACGAAGAUCACGAAGAUAUUCCACCACGACUACUAACUACGGGCCGAGAAGAUUUCACUAACAGACUUAGUUGUAGAAGAUGACAAGAAUUAUCGUUCUUGAAACCGGUAAAGCCGAAUCCCUGGAGGACAAGACCGCAAGCGCAGUACUAGAUCUAGACGAUGGCAUUGGCGACGUGGUUGUUUCUAGCGCAAACCAUCAAGAAGAAGAUACGUCGUCAAAAGUAGAUGCUGUACUUGCUGAACAAGUAGACCUCUACCCAUCUUGUUCCAGUUUGACCCCGAAUCGCUCUUGUCGCCAUGCCAUGCUACUUCUUUUUGCGUUUACCGUGCUUUUAGUUCUCCUGCCUAUUGCAAUCUAUGUUGCGGCUACUCGUACAGGUGAACUUGAAGUUGUUGACACACCGUCAUCUUCUAAACCUGGUGGAGGUGGAUCUGCUGGCGCAGUUAUAAAGGGUGAUAUCAAAGACAAUUCUUCCUUACCCGAUUCUGCUCCAGGGCUCUCUUCCGGGAUUUCCAGUUCUAGUUCUUCCACGACUUGCAACUACCUAGUUCGUGCUGAUUUUGGGUCCUCCAAAACUGAGCUACAACUGUUGUUAGAUCAAAGCCUCAGUGAAAGGGAUUCAUCAACGUCUUCUCCUACUUCUUCUCUCAAAAAUGAGACUGAAACUGAUUCGUCGUCCUCCUCUUCUGCCAAAAAUGGAAAUGGAAAUACUAAAAACUCUUCUUGUGUCUCUCUCGACGAUUUACUAGCUUCACAUCCUUACAUGGCGCCUUCACCUAAGGGGUUGAAACUUCAACCGGCACUCUCGAUUGCGUGUGCAACCACUAGCAUUUUUACUCCUGGGACCACUGAAAAGGACGAUGAAGGUUGCAGACGUAUAGCUGGUGC